AUGCAUCUUACCGACCAAGCUCGCUCGGAUUACUGUUGCUCGCAAGCGCUACGGCUUGCUGAGCGCGCCUACCGCUCGGCAGCGACGCAGGGCCGGGUGAACAUUGCGAGGGAAGAAGGGGUGGCAGCGUUUGACGCUUCGGCAGAGUGGAGCAGCUGCAGCUCGCUCGGCGUUUUUGCCUCGGCUGUGCUGCGCGAUGCUGCAGCGAUGCAGUUUGAAGGCUCUCCUCCACUGUUGGACACGCGCUCUUUUUUGCCCACCUUCCCAAAACAGCAGGUCGCGCCUGCCUGCCUGCCUAAACUGCCUAAACGAGCAGAAGCAAAACUGAAAAAUGAAAUAUGA